GCCUUUCCUACCGCUCUCGUGUUAACUAUUCGCCUUGUACAAGGUCACUUGCUUUGGUAAAAAGGUGUCAUAUAUGGGCUGGUCCCAUAUUUAUUGGUUUUUCUAUGAUUUUUUUCCAGUUGACAUUUAUCGUUGAUUGCUUGUUUCCUCUCACCGGUGAUAAUAGUUUGAAUAAUGAUCAUGCAGGACGAUGAUCCCAAUUGUGCAAAAGCAUUGUAUGAAAUCCAACAGAGGAGGUUGAUAUAUUUUUUCUCUUUAUAUCAUCUUCUUACAAUGGAACUCAAAAUGCAGUUCAAUACAUCAGUACCUCCUGGUGUUCUUCAUUAUAUUUUUUCGGGAUAUAAAAUAUUACGACCAUGGUUAAUGGCCACAAGGAUAAAAAAACCAAUUAAUGAUUAUUCCUUAAUUGUAAAUACAUUUCAAGAAGUAUUGAAGACUGGUUUUUUUGUGAAUCCACCACCCGUUGAGGUUUACUCUAGGCAAUUACUUAAAUUCAUAUCUGUUGUGGCAGGGAAUAAAAUUGGAGUACCUAUUCAACAACGUGGGUAUCCAUCUACUUCGCUCACUAAUCCUGCUACAGAAAUCAAUGUACCGACUUCUUCCGGGAAGCCACCGAAACCAGCUAAUAGCAGCCUUCCUCAAAUGUAUCCUAGAUCUUUUGGAAGAAACAAUUUGAAUGCAAAUUUUUCGACUUAUUCACCGCAGUCUUCUGUAAAUAACCGGUUUAUUUUAUCAGAACAGCCUCGUCCCGAAUAUCGUACAACAUAUCCUGCGAGUAUCGCUUCUUCUGAAAAUCAGAAAUAUCGCCAUCCUGGACUUGCUUUUUCAGCUUCUUCUCAUGCUAGUGUACCUACGCAAGCUUCUCGUAUAUUACCUGUUCCUGGUUUCGUAAAUAAUCCACUUGCAACUUCGCAGUAUAAUGGACAUACGGAUGGAUUAGCGCACCCGUCUAUUCAUUAUAAUAACAUUGAUCCUAAUGAGUCGCCAAGCCAAGUACGCGCGACUUCUACGUUAAGCAAAAACUCACCAUCAAAGCCAAACCAGCCAAGUCAACCAUCACAAAUAUUACCCAAAGUUGACUUACCAGUACCUACAACUGUUGAUCCUUCUGAUUCUCAAUUCAAUUAUCAAAAAGUCUAUCCAGAUGUUUCUCCUUAUCUGACACCUGAUAAUAUAGGGAGUGCAAUUUUGUAUUCCACAAAUGAUUUUUCAAAAUCCGAACCUGGUAAGCCUCGAUUAAAUUUAUCCCUUGAAUUGAAGCUUAUGGAAAAUAAUCUAGAAAAGGGAGAAUUAGGUCCAAAUCUGAAAGGUGAUUUACGGAAUUUGGCUGAUUUCGACGCGAUUUCUCUUGUUUCUUCACGAUUUCCAUCGCUUCCUGCCUCUAGCUUCAGGCCUGAUGGCUCAUUUCUUAAACAUCGUCGUUUCAAUGAUGAAGUUAUGGAAAACAAAGAAAUUAUGGAAAAGGCGAUUAAACAGUUGAAUCUGUCUGCUUCAGAUGCAGAACGCUUACGUGAACGAAAUAGAGUUCAAGUCCAAGAUGACAAGAAAUUGUGUUUCUCAUUUUCAAAGAAACAUCCAUCAAAUCAUAACCAGCUCUUAGAUAAAUUCGAUAAACUCCAUGGCGAUAGAAAAUCUGACCCGUCUAGGAAAGCUGCUACUGAGACCCCAACGCCGUCUAAGGCAAAGCUUCCGGAAACUGGGCAGACACGAAAUAAAGUGAUUUUGGAGGAUAAGUUUGAUGAAAAUGUUCCUUUGCUCAAUCAUUCUCAUAACAAACCAACGUUGGCUCACAGUCGAAAACAGAAUUCUAAAAGCCCAGCUAUGAGCGAUAAGGAUCACGUGCAAAAUAAAAAAUCUAAUGACAAUGGUACAUAUAAAGACAUUGAUCUAUCAUCUAUUAAAGCUUCCAAACAUGCUAAUGAGGUUACGGUUAACAACGAUUUGACUAGACAUACUGAGGUUACAUAUGGUGAACAAAACGUAAAGCCAAGUCCUCCAAGUGCUGCCAAAAGUUCAAUUGAAGUUUUGGGAAAGCCUAUAAAUGAGCAAAAGAUUCAAGGAAUGGAUCAUACAGACAGUAAUAAAAAGGUUUUUUCGAAAAAACUGAACGAAGGAUUACCCGAGCGACAGAGUAUUAUUCAGACUGAAGAUGGUUCGAAGCAAGUUGGUGAAUAUACCAAUCGAAAUUCUUCAUUGGUAUCUGAUAAGGAUGAUAAAGUAGUUAAUCAGACCAAUUCUGAGAUUACUGUUGUAUCUCCUAACAGAACGAAACGUUCAAGCGUUAUGAAGAAUGAAAGCUUGAAAACCAAUAACUCAUAUGUGUCUUCGACCAUACCAACUGCUCAUUCCUCUGAUAUUGAUGAACAAUUAAGAAAUGUGAUAUCAUUAGAGGCUAAUGUUGAGCAGAAUAAGGAGUUAGAUGGAAAUAAAAAGAAACGCUCUAUUGAAAGCGUUGAUAAAUCAAGUGACCAUACCGGUUUGACAAACGAAGUUCCCAAAAAUCAAGAAUUACUGAAUAUUAAAAUGUUAUUAAACGACGAAUCACAUCAACAAAUAAGUGCGCCUACUCCAGGUGAAGUAGGUGAAGAAAAUGGAGACACUUCAGAUAUGCAGUCAAGACAGACAGAAUUUUCUUUGAAGUCUUAUUCUGCUGAUACGCUUCAACGCAUUAAUAAAGAGAAGGAGUCGUUGCAAUCAUUCGAUACGGAAUCAUUCGAAAUUAUGAUAUCUACCGAUGAGUUUCAGUCAGUUAGUCAUGAGUCGGUUAAUGUCUCAAACGAUAUAAAUGAUUCUGCGUCGGAUCUAUCAAAGCAGUUAAAAGCAACGAAGAUCAAUCAAGAUCAUACUCUCACGGAAGCUCCAAAUUUGCAAAGAGAAGUUGAGACGGAUAAACAACACGUUUAUAAUUCGUUGAAGUCACUUCCCCAAGGUUUCACAGAGUUUAAAUGCCAUUGGGCUAGUUGUGAAGCUACUUUACAUUCUCUGAAAACCUUGUUUAUUCAUAUAAAAAAAUUACAUACUCAAAGUAGACAUGAUAAUUCCACAUUUAAAUGUCGCUGGAGUCACUGCUCUGUAUCUUUAGAUUCGAAGCAAAUAGACGCUCACAUAAGGGGGCAUCUUGAAGCGAUACAACAUAAUUGUUCAGUUCCAGGAUGCAAAAAAGGAUUUUCUAACUAUCAAGAAUUCCAAGAGCAUCUAACGUUUUCUCAUUUGCCAUAUAAGUUCGAGCCGGCUGCUUUAAUUACUACUACAAAAUCUGGAUUACAAGAAGGAAACCGCCGAACUCGGAACAACCAGGGAGAUAAAUCUGCUGUUCCUGGUUUUUUUCUUGAUACUUCUACUCCAAUAGUCGAACCUGCUCCAUCAAACUGGUAUCCGGUUCCACCUCCUGGCUUUAGUCCAAGUGUUUUUGCCAGGUUGAGUCAAGACAAUCAAUCAAAGGAGAAAACGAUGUCUUCGUUGGCAAAACGAAAUGUCUUUCAAUCGUUUUCUGGCUUGCAUAAUGACCAUAUGAAGACUAGUGAUUCUGAUAAACGAUCGAAUACUUCUGAUGCUCAGUAUGCUCGAGUUGGUCAAGUAGGCCAAUUAUUUACGACCGUACCAAAGUCUAAAUGUCUUCCUUCAAUGAUUAUUGAAGGAACAGUCGUCCAGAGAAAGAACUGGGUUGUACAUUAAAUAUUAGCACUUGUAGAGUCUACGAUAUUCUGUAUUUUAUUUUUAUUUCUUUUGAGUCAAUACUAUUUAUUUAUCAAUCGCGUGCUUAUAGAACAUUGCUUAAGAAUGGGAAAAGUGAAUAACUAAUAUACCAA